GUCGCGUCGUGUAUCGCGAGUACGAAAGCGCCAGUGACGUCCUCUCAUAGUUACCAUAAAGCGUCUCUCCAUGGGAGCGGGAGCUUCAUAGACCCGGUGGGUCUAGGCAAAAGAUGGCGAUGGGAGAGCGAAGGAGUUCGCCAUAGGCGCAGCGAUGCUUUUCUCCCUUCAAGUUGCGAAUGUCACCCUGGACGGUAAUGACCUGCCGAAGACCGAUGGUGGUAGAGUCGGCGUAACUAUAGUGACUGUAACACCAUUAGACUCGGUAAUAUGAAAAAUAAGAUUCUGUGGUUACCCUGGUAACGGUGGACAGACACAUAGCAACAGGAACCACAAUUGCCCUGACAAUAGAUGUCACGAACUGCACAUGGCUUGAGUGAACAGCAUCCUGGAACCUUGGAUUUCAGUUUAAAUAUGAACUAUUUUUUAAAUGGAGGAGCCACAUGACUCUGAAUUAGCCUUCUACAAGAAUUAAUCUUUAGAGAAUGCAAUUGGAUUUGUGGCACUGAAUAUUUUUUUUUUACCGUGUGAUGGCAGGAGUGACCUUGUGUGAACCCACAGAACUGUAUAAUUUGUUGAAUCAGUCUACAAAAAUCUCUAGAUUAGCAGAGCCAAACUAUCUCUGUUUGUUGGAUGCUCGUACCAAGAGGGAAUAUAAUGAAAGCCAUUUGAUGACAGCACUAAGAGUCAAAACAAAUCCAUUGGGCAAAUAUUUGGUGCCUCAGUCCAUCAACCUGGAAUGUGUUCGAUACUGUGUAAUAUAUGAUGGCAAAACGGAGUCUGUGGAUGCGGCUUUUGACAUGGAUUAUGAUCUACUUGAAGUGGAUAAAGAACUAACACCAUUUGACACAGGAAUUGACAUAAAGGAAUUAAGAAAGAAGCCAUCCUCUGAAUAUAAUGCUAAAGAAGGCUCUGCAGCACGCUGUGCAAGAAUUAUGCAGCGACUCACCCGCUUUCCAGUCAUGGUCUUAAGAGGCGGUUAUGAACGCUUUACAGCCACCUACCACUACCUCAGGACCCAAAAGAUCUUUUGGAUGCCUCAAGAAUUGGAAGCCUUUAAGACCUAUCCAGUAGAAAUCUUGCCUGCUAAGGUGUACAUGGGAAACUACGCACAAGCCUGUGACAGCCAGAUUCAGAAGGACCUGAAAAUCAAGGCUCACAUUAAUAUCUCUGAGGAAGCCGGCAUAUUCUUCCUUGAAGACAGAGAAAAACUCCUUCAUAUUCCUAUUCCUGAUUCUCUAGAAGCAGAUUUAUUUUCUCACUUUGUCACCAUUUGUCACUUUAUUGAUGCUUACAUCCAUAAAGGAGCAGUCCUGGUCUUCUCCACUUUUGGAAUAAGCAGGUGUAGCACAGCAGUGAUGGCUUACCUUAUCCAUUCCUGCAAGCUUUACUUGAAGAACGCUUGGAAUUAUGUCCAGAAAUGUAAAAAUAACAUGCGGCCCAAUCGAGCAUUUGUGAAACAGCUGUCAGAUUGGGAACAACGAAUCUAUAUAACUGCCAUCACUGACACUUCAGAACCAAAUUACUGAUCGGCAGCUUUGUUUGUUGUGAGUUAGUGGGGCAGAAAAAUGAGAAGGAAACCAAUGUUUAUUUUUUAGAAACUGUUGAAAAGAAAACUUUAUCUUCCAUUGUUGCACUAUUGCUGACUUCAUCGUCUGUCUCACACUCAACAGACACUGUAUUAUGUUUUUAUUUUUCAUGAGCUUGUUUGUCAAGGUCAGAAAGAUAUUAUAUAGAAUAAACUUUCAGGCAUCCAAAAACGUUGUUCCCCAAACGAGAUAUUUCCACUAAAACUCUGUGUUUCCAGCUACAGAUCAAGGAAAGUUGUAGCCCCAUCCAGUGGUGAAAUCAAUUUUUUUUACUAUCGGUUCUGUGGGUAUAGCUUGGUGGGUGUGGCUUGGGCGUGGCAGGGGAAGGAUACUGCAAAAUCUCCAUUCCUAUCCCAUUCCAGGGGAAGAGUACUGCAAAAUCUCCAUUCCCACCCCACUCUGGGAGUUGAAGUCCACAAGUCUUAAAGUUGCCAAGGCUGAAGACCCCUGCUGUAGAAGGGGGAUUUCUGAGAAGCUAGAAAUUUCACACAGGUAUAUUAGAAAUGAAGGGGAAUCCUGCAUAAGUAAACUAUUUGAAUAAUCCCUGACAAUCCAUGUGACCCAAGCUCCAAGCAAGCAAGUCAUAUUUUCCUUUGCCUGACACACCAGUAACAUUUUUUUAAUUAAAAAGUUUUACCACAGUUUUAACAAUUAAUUACCCUCCUCCUCCCUCCACCUCCCA